CCGUCUACAGUGAGGUAUAAACAGCCAAAGAAAUAGCCUUACGAUUCCGAAAGGUUAUUCCAUUCACCCUUAGUUUUUAAUGGUCGUUUAGAGGGCAUCAAAUUCUUGUUUUGACUUAUUGGAGGGCUGAUAAUUACGUAGCCUUUCGCUUGCAGUUAAUGCAAUCCUGUGCAGAGCAGUGACUGUUGCUAGUUACACUGUCGUUUGUUCGAAGUUUCAGUCCCUGGUCUGCCACAAUCUAUCAAUGAAUUAGGUAAAAUUAAUGGUAUCUUGUCACUAUUUGAUGCAUGGAAAUCUACGACUUCGCUUACGCCAUGUCUAAUCGGUAACUGCGAAUUUUCUAUCGUCAGGAGAUUUAUAGUUUUCCCUGAUGUUUUGCUACAUCGAUCUACUUGUAGCAUCUUUCAUUUUCUUCGAUCGAUGCUUGCUUGUAAUUGUUGCUUAGUUUAACGGCAGAAAUAAGAAGGUUGAUGUUAUCUUGCAAGCCCAACUGAUUCGAAUCGAAUGUCGCUCGUGGUUUCAGGUCCCAACAGGCAAAGAUAUAUAUACCGAAAAUUUUCCUCGCCAUCUUCAGCUGCAGUCUUUGGUAGGUUAUGUUGCGACUACAUUCUAAAGAAGAUAAAACGUUCGAUACUGCUGGUGGAAAAUUGGUGUCGUCCAUUCCACUUAAACGAAUUUUCAAAUCAUGUGCGCGCGGCGAUAACAGUGCGUGGUUGUUUAUUCCUCGAAGGUAGUUGUAUCGUGUAAGUUUCGCGGGAACUGGACUCAUCGAACACAUACGGCUAAAUUUAUCUGUCGAUUGAACUUAGUUGCUGUUAUCUUUUGUUUAGUCAAGCCAUUUUAUCUCCAAUCUUGCCAACCUAAAUCCAGUGUAAAAUAUUUUUGGCGAAGUGAAGUAAGAUGGCGUAGAUGGUGCUGUAAGAUCGUCUGCUUUACAUAAACAAAGUCCAGUUUCAACGCGAGCGGACCUCGAUCGUUGGACAUAGUUCAAGAUAACACAAAUUGAGCAACGUUUCCGGCCUUAGUUUUCGAGUUCUGUGAAGAGAAGGACGUGGCUUUCGACGAGAACCUCACUGCUUUCGAAUACAGUAGUCUGUUCCGUGUUCGCAGCGUGGAAGUAUCGUGAGGAAUGCUUCCUGAGUGAGAUCAUUCGCGCUAAGAUCCCCGGCGAAAAUCACUGAUUGUAAACGGCAUGACAUCAUUUCACGCAAUGAAAGAUCGCUUCGAAAGCGGAGGAAGAAGUGUCCUUUCUCUCUAAGAUCAUCUUGAAGUGCAAUUUACGGACGAGAACGAAGAUCGAACUCCGCCAUCAUUACGAACCGCAAAUUGUACGAGUUAAAAAUCUUGAGAAAACGUGGUUGAUAACUUAGCAGACUUUGUCGACAGUGGCGAGACUUCUAGCUGGUACUUGUUAAUCAUUUAAUGAACUCACUUUGUUGUUUCAAUCUGUUCAUUUCUACAGAUCAACCGCGCUCGACGCCUCAAACGAUCGGACUCACUGUAGUUCAACUCUGGCAAGGAGCCCCCCUUCAAAACUAGAAAUUACCGAGAGCCCGAAGAAAGCAAAACACAAGAUGGGAAGAAAGAAGAUCCAGAUUUCAAGAAUCGGUGACGAGAGAAAUCGUCAGGUAACAAGCAAAUACGGUACUUAUUCACCCAAAGCGCACUUUUUUUUAUUACUCCAGACACAAAUAGCAAGUUUGUGGCUUUUUUAGUCCGCGCGGGCGGCUUAGAGAUGCUAAAUAUUGCACUCCGAGGUCCAAAAUAGAAAGAGCGGUUUGGGGUUAAAAUUUCAUUAUGGGCCGAUAUUUUUAGCUUUCGUGGGUCAAUUGGGUUAGUUUAAGGAUAUGUCGUGUGGUGUUUUGUUAGUGGAAGAUUAAUGGCAUCGAAGUCAAAGUUUUCGCAGUAAUGAAGAGACUGCUGCGAUAUGCAGUGAUGUGCGAAGUCUUGAGCAAAUAGUUUACGACAAAAUUCCGGGUACCUGCAAAACGCAGAUCUCGGCCAGUGGAACAAAUAGAGAUGGAUAUUUUUUUACUCACAAUCAGCCUGAACGAUGCUACACAUUUUGAUGAAAGAAUCGAUAUGUCAGAGCAAGAUCUUGAUCGAAUUUCGGUUUUUUUCGUUGCUCGGAAUUGUUAUCAUCAACCAAGGUUUGAUAUGGAUGAAUCUUAAUUAGGUGUACAGCCAAAGCCAAGGGUUCGCGUGUUGUGAGAUAUUUUUGGCUCUUUGUUUGUCUUUCUAAUUUCUUGGAGAUCAUUUUAAACACACUAUUAGCAUUUAUCAGUAACGUUUACCUCCAUGCGUUUUUGUUGACAAAAGUCGUACAUUUUAGAGACGUUUGAAUAAAUCUAUCGUGUGCAGUUGUACAUUCGUUGAAACAAUUGUUUUGGGCGCUUUUCACCGUUUCCUUAGUACAUUGCUUAUCCAUUGGCCUCUGAACAAAAUAACUGAUAUAAAUUUUGACUUCCAUCAACCGUGAAACACGGAUAAAAUUCCACAGCAGUCCAGACAUCCAGCUACAUGUGCCAUCCUUGACCUAAAGAUAAUCUUUUCAGGGUUUCUAAAUACAUUUGAUCCCUUGUCAACUCGUUUCGUACAUAUGCAAUUUUCUCACGACUUCUGAUCUGUUUUCCUUUUUUUUUUUUUUUGGUUUGUAAAGCGAGAACAUAGAUAUCCGCGUAAUUUUCGUUGCCUUCAUUUAAAUGAGUUGUUGUCAAUGGAUAGCUUUAUCUUUCCUGAGGGCAUUGUGUCUAGGGCUUUCUAGAAACAUUCCUUAAAUAGCCAUGUCUCAACACCUGCUGAGAAAGAAAGGAAGAGUGUGCAUUCUUUGAAAAAAACACAAGUUGAAGCAGUGUGACUUGUCAACCCAUAGUAUUGUUAUGUAACCAUCUGUCUCUUUCUUUUUUCUACCCGUGGAAAAUUGAAGUUUCAGUAAAUUUUUUGGUCAUUAUGAGUAAGAGAGAAAGUUAUCAGUUCCAUCUGCAAUUGCCUCAAAUAUAAAAGACAUUUGAAUUUCAAAGUCCUUGUAUUUAUGUCUUUUUGACAUUUUCAUCUGAGUAAUUGCUGCAUUUGUCCUUGGGGCAAUUUUAUAAUGUAACGUUGCUGCUUAUAUUGAAGAGUUAGUGUAUAUUUUUUGAGACAAAAGUGAGUCAUUCAAGUGCACUGUGUAUCACCCAGAUAACUAUGUUUGGAAUCUUAAAUUGGAAGAAAUCUGCUUGUCAUGGACAGAGGAAUGUACAGGAUUGGUUUUCAUGAAGGUGUCUCUUUCAAUACCUCUUAAAAAUAUUCAGCAUUUUUUGUAAAAGCCAGUUUCAAUCAAUAAAAAAUUUGAAUUCAACAGAAAAAAAAGAAUGAUAAAUAUUCACAUCUGUUAUAGGGGAAAAACUGGGUAACUCAAUUAAAAAAAAUAGAGAAAAAACUUGAACCAUAAUUUAACACCAGAAAGACAUUUUAGCAUGCAUAGGAGCAAUACUUGACCUAAAGACAAAGUAACCUGGAUGCUUACAAAAUGUCAGCUUGUGAAUUCCACAUGCCAUGCUAGUUAUUGCUGUCAGACAUACAUGAAGCUCUGAGCUAGGGGGUUGACAGGUCAAGGGAUAAGAUUUAAUAUAUUAUGUUUCAAUAGAUGCCUAAUAAUAGCCUGCAGAAGCAGUGGUCUACAAUUAUUCUGAAGAGCAGAAAUAAAAUAAUUGCCUCAUCUUACUUUGUGUGAAAUCUGUGCUUUUGUUUUGGGUCCCUCUUAUUAAUAACUUUUUCCAAUAUUGUGGCUUCCCUUGCUUUUGAUACAACUUCCUGUGUUGGAAGCAGUUCUUUAAACAUCUUCAAGUUUUGCCUGGAAAUUGCAAAUUGUUCUUUUGUGUGAAUUUUUUUCUGUCAAUUUUGUUAUUAGGAAAUAAUCUACAUGUAUUUAAGAGGCACAUAAGGCAAAAAUUAAAAGUAAAUGUGCUAGUGAUAUAAGCUUGUCAAGGGGGAAAAAAUCUAACUCUUAUCUUUCCCACCUUGGAUAGGUUACUUUCACAAAACGAAAGUUUGGUUUGAUGAAGAAAGCUUAUGAACUGAGCAUUUUGUGUGACUGCGAGAUUGCUCUCAUCAUCUUCAACUCUGGGAACAAAUUGUUCCAGUACGCUAGCACAGACAUGGACAAGAUCCUCCUAAAAUAUACAGAAUACAAUGAACCACAUGAGAGCAGGACAAACACAGAUAUUGUUGAGGUAAAGUAAUGGAUGUUGAGCAGGAAUUUUUGUUCUUCAUGUAGAGCUUACUUCCCCUGGCAAGUGAAUACAACAAAAGAGCAACGGCAGGAAUCAAAAAGGAAUUAGUGGGAAAAGUAUACCAGGAGUGAAAUUUUUCAAUAUCAUUUUAUCGGCCAUGGAUUAGUAUUUUGCAUUCAUGUUUGUUUUCUGAUGGAAUAAGUCAGUAGAAAUUUAAAUUUCAUUAUAUGAAUUUAAAUGUUAAAAUUGUUGUGUUUUUUUUUCCUGUUCCAUUCAAAGACAAUUUCAAAGAAGGAGAAUAAGGCUUUGCCAUCCCCUGACGACACAGAUAAGGUGGGUCAAGGUCUUUGAAAAAAUAUCAAGCAAAUGUGUGCAUCGAAGUUGCUUGCAUAUUGAAUACAGUAAUGUGCAAUUGUAUUUUUAUCCUGUUUUUUGUGUAUAGUUCAUUUCCUUUCUCGAUGCCUCACUAAUGGAAGAUGACCAUUUAAUUUAACACAAAUUGUGCAAACAAUGUGUCAUUGAACACAUCAUAUUGACCAUUUCAGCUGCAUUAGGCUCCCAUGAAGAAUUACCUCAUUACAUUUUUAAAAAUAUUGUAUUUUGCAAAUUAACUAUUUUCUAAUUUCUUAGUUUCUUGCCACAGAGGAUGAUUUUUUUUGUAGUUCAAUUGUAUUGCCAAUGGAAACUUAUUAAUUACAGUAUGUAUAUUUUAUUAAACUGAAUAGACAGACGGAAGGAAUUCAGGUUGCAGUUUCUGUAUUUUGGUAUGACUUAAGAUCCUUUGUCCUUUUUUGUUUUACAGCAAUUUGUGUUGACCCCAAGAACAGAAGAAAAGUACAACAAAAUUAAUCAAGAAUUUGAUCAGAUGAUGAAAAAGAAUCUUCUACAGCCAGUAAGUUUAACAAGAAUUUUUAUUUUUUUCUCCUUUUGUUGAGAUGUCUUUAUGAAAAUUUUGAAUAGCAAGUGAGGACUGACAAUGAUUGGGUGAUGUGUAACUAAUGAAAAUAAUUGUCUGUACAUGUUAACGUAAAGUUAGGUUAUGAGAAUUGUUAUCAGAAUGAGGCUUAAUAUUUUGAACAUGAUCAAAUCACUGAAAAGGUUGAGUGGUAAUACCACUAACUUUUUUUUUUUUAUUUUUUUUUUUACCCAAUUGGUCAUGUUUUACCUUGAGGAGGUUAUUAUACAACUGGAUGUGCUGAAUAGGCAAAGGUCUUGCUUUACGUCAUGCAGUUACUCUGUCAGUCAUGACCGAGUUCAACCAUUUUUCAACCAUGUCUAACCUGAUCUUUCUCAGCCUGUAAGCAUUUUAUUACAUGACUGACACUCUUUCCCCUUCAUCCUGUGAUCUUUCUGCUUUCUUCUUGAAAGGCCAUAUGCAGGGCUGUGUAGCGUUUUUUGUCCCAGCUGUUGCUAUCUUGUACUUCUGUCAUUAAGGGAUUGACAUAGGAUGUUUUUGAUGAAAAUGUUGGGCAAGUUAUUUGAUAAUAUAUGUUAAUCAUUGUUGAUUAACAAUCAAUUGCUUCAAUUUUUCAGCAUCAGUCUGAUGAUGGUUAUCAUCAGUUGCCUGUCUCUAUCCCAGUGUCCUCCAACAAUGGCUCAGAAGAUAGUUAUGGCAGCAGGCCUAGUAGUGCUGAUGCACCUGGAAUGAGUUCUGGUCUUCCAGUCAGCUCUAGUGGCCGAAUCAAUCCUGAACACAUGAAUGGAAACUUCCCGCGGGGGAAUGCUUCUGCUGCUGCUGCUAUAUCAGGUACUUAAGCUUUAUGAAAUGAUUUUUUUUAAUUCUUUAUAGAACAGGGCUGGGUUGUUCAAAGCUGGUUUAAGAUAACUCAGGAUAAGUGUGAAAUGUGAUUUCAAAAUGAAAAUGGGGUAUUUUCCUUUUUGUCUGGAAUUUGAUUAUUGGAUGCUGUAAAAAAUAAUUGAGAAAAUUUAACUUAACCCUGGCUUAGUGCUAAUCAGGGGUUUAAGCUAAACUUCUUGUAAAGUCACUGGUCGACUACUUAAAAUCAUAAAUGGUCACCAGCCAUAAAAUUUUAACCUCAAAAAAAAAAAAAAAAAGUAUAUAUAUAUAUAUAUAUGUAUAUACAGUCUGAAUAAUCAUAUGUAAUAUCGAAAGACUACAAAUUCUAAGUACAUGUAAGAACAUAAAAUAGCUUGGUACAAGACUGUUGAACACAGUUUGCAAAUUUAGUGACCUUUGCUGCAAAUUUAGUUUCCAAGAUUUUUCUUACAUGAGAACAGUCACAACCUGCAGCACUGCAGAACAGAACUGAAAUGUUACCUCUAUUAUGUCUCUUCUUUAUGAUUAUAUCUCAAUAAGGGUUUUUUUUCUAUGUAUAUUUACAAACUGUAACCAGAGCAAUAUGACCAGAUUAGUAAACCUGAAAAAUUCAAAGCACACGUGAAACAACAAAUGGAUGGGAUCUUCCUUAUUUCUGGAAUAAAAUGUGAAGUGGAAAACUGAAUAUUUCUUUAGGAGAUAUAAAAUAGGAGAGCUGCCAGGUAUGUCCUCAAAGAUAAGCAUUUGAAAAAGAAGAGUGCCAAGGGCUUGAGCUACCUUGCAUUGUGUGAAAAAUAUGCAUUUGAUAGUGUGUGUAAAGUAAAUCUGACAUGGCAGUAUUAGUGAAAUAGGAAGUGCCUAAACUAAACAGUGACGACGGAGCAGUCUUUUUUCUUGAAUAUUAGUUAUGAGCAAUAACUGUGAAAAUUUGAGUCUUCAUAUUAAAGUACAUUUUGUUAGCAAUUAAUUAUAUGGCUUCAUCAUCAUCCUGAAGUCAGUUUGUGAAUUUUAGUAUCUUGAGCAGGUAGGCAUGGAUAUUUUUUUUUUCAAUUUUUAAUAAUUUCUGAAGCCCAGAGUCUAGACUUAUUGAGAAAUUUGUCAUGUCCAUAGUUGUUUCCCAAACUGAAUUUAUAUAGACAGAAAUAUAUUUUUUUAUACAUUCAAAAGAAAACUGAUUGCUGCUGACUGUGAAGUUGUCAAAUUUUUCUUGUCUAAAGAUCAUCUCUUGCAAUUGAAACUUAUGUGAAUAUUUUACAAAAUGAUUGAACUAAUCAGAGUGUUCUUACAUUUCAGACCAAUUGUACCCAUCAAACUCCCAAAGCUGAUAAAAGGAAAUGUGAACCCAUUGCUGUUGCCCCCAUCAAAAUUUAUCUCUUUGAAAAAUUUUGUCACAGAAUGUACAGAUCUAUCACAAAAUCCAUAGUAGUGUAGAGAAUGCCUUAAUUUUUUUCUUUCAUGAAGUUGACACUACAGUUAAAAGGAAUCAAUUUGGUCAGUCUGAUUUCGGCGUGAAUAGCAAAAUAGUAACAGUAUUCUGCAUAAGCUUGGGAUAUAGGUCAGUAAAUGUAUUUACCACAAUGAUAUUUGAUAUUUUACUACAAUUACUGUAAGUUUAAACAAUUUUUUUUUCAAAAAGUGACAUCUAAAACCCAUUUUUUUUUUAAUCAACCACAGUGAAGAUUUUCAAAUCAUUCAUUUUGUACUUUGAAAAUAUAUACUGGCAAUUUUGUUUAAUUUACUUACAGUUUUUUCAAUUAAGGAACUGAAAUAGGCAGUGAAUCUUUCCAGUACAUGUACUAUGAGAAGUUUCAGAGAGACCAAUAUUAUACAAACCUGUGAUUACUCUUAGCUUAUCUAACUGACAUAUUGAUAUCAAUUAUGGAAUCAGUUAUAAUUAAUAGAGAAUGUUAAGAUACUAAACAAAAUCUAAACAAUCAUUUUACUUAAUUAUAAACUUUUAUUAUUGAUGGUUAAAUUUUUGUUUCUCUCUUACAAUUUACAUUAAUAACCAAUACUUAAACGUAAAGAAGUAAUCCAAUCCUUGAUAAAUAUAAAAAAGACAAAUAAAAUAAACAAGUAAAAAAAGGAAUAAAAAAUUUGUAGAAAGUUCUUAAGAUAAAAGUGCGAUGUAGUGUAUAUAUAAGCCAAUUAGUGGCAAAGUUUCAAUUCAUGGUAUAUGGUAACUUCUAUUUAAAUUUUCCAAGUACUAAUUUUAAAAGUUUCAAUUUUGUAGCUUAAAUUCAUUCAGGAAUGGCUAACAUGUCUUACUCUAUAUUUUAAUAUCCUCUCAUGAGGUCUAAUUUUUUGUUAACUAUGUGUAAAAAUGUCAAAAAAACCACUGUGUAAUUUAUUUGUUCUAAAAUAUCUCGUAAUUAUUUCAAUGUAUAAUUUUAACACACAAUGUGUGAAUGAAUGGAAAUCAUAAGAUAUGUGACAAUUUUAAAAGUGAGGUUUAAAAUGGUAUUAUUAUGGCAUGCAUGCAUUUGAAAUUAAAUGUUAAAAUUUAUCACCAUUGUAUUUGCUGUAAUCAUUAAACUUGAAUUAAAUGAUAACUGUUCCUUUUUAUUAUUCAUAUUUAGCCAUUUAGUAAUAUGAUGAUAACUUAGGAGCAUCCCCAUUUUUUUUUUCAUCAGAACUCGCAAUUUUGUCUCUCUCUUAAAUUUUGAGCAGAAAGAUAAAUUGAAAAGAGAUGAAAGUUUGCUGAAGACAAUGUAAUUUAAAUAUUCACUUUUCUUAGAAUGUUGUUGAUGCUAGAAUCGUAUAAUUCAAGAAGUCAAUGUGACAUUUUAACUAAGAGAGAAAAUUAAAGCGCCAAGGUGGUUUAAACUUUUUUGCUAGCCUUUGACAACUCAGUGUCUGCGAAAGCAAAAUUUAACAGGAUAAGAAGAAAAAUCCAAAAACACGUUGACAAUUUGUUUUGAGAAGCAUAAAAGCCCUUUUAAGCUGUUUGUAGGAAUUUUUCAAUUUCAAUCAAAUGUUUUGUGCCCAAACUUAUAGUAAUGUAAAAUCUGCUUUAUGGAAAUCAAUUUAAUUCGUUUUCUUCAGGAAAUACACAGAACAUGUCUGAUUUGGUGGCUGCAGCAGAGUACAACAGAAGAAGUGUCACUCCAGGAUCUGUUCAGGGCAACGAUGGCUCAUUUGUCACACCCUCCUCUGGAGUGACUGGUGGACGAAAUUCUGUGUCGCCACAUCCACAGGCUGUCACUCCUCCACCAAAUCCCAGCAGGCCUUCAUUAAAGAUUAGCAUCCCUAACAGAAGCUCAGCUGCAGGACAGAUGGUAAGUGAUGUGACCUAAAAAAUCAGUUGUGCAGGUGUGUUUGUGAUUAAAUUUUGUCAUCAAUAUGGAGAAGGAAAGCUCAGUGUCUCAUCACCAGUAGACUUUCAACUUUACAAUUGGAUUUUUUUACCAACUGAGCCACAGAGUGCUUAUUGGUGAGUCAGGCCAUAUUUUUUCUUCAUAGACAAUUGGCAAUCUUCCCACAAAUUGCUAGGAUCUUCUUUGUUGAAAGCAUCGUGUGUGGAGAUCCCAGUGUUGAUUGAAGAUUAAAUUAAAAUUGUUACUUACAUCACCAGUGAAGGAUGAAGAAUAACAACCUUUAGUUUAGAUGUAAUGAUGUAUGAAGCUUACUCUUUAUAGUAGUGCUAUUGUGUGAUUGUGAGCAGUGAGGUUCUCUUGUUUUGCUGAUUGGUGUUGCCAAUAUUAGAUUGUUAUUGUAGAUUAUCAGUUUGAAGAAGUUAAGUUGUGUUGACCUUCAUACUUAUUGUAGUAGAGUCUUAUUUGCAGUUUUAUUUGUCUUUACUUAAUUUUGUGUUUUCUGUAUCAGCAGCAUAACCGGCAUGGCUUAGCUUCAGCUCAGGACCAACCCUUAUCCACCCCAGUCAUAUCAUUGAACAACUUACCAAUGCAGACACCAGGUGACAAUCACUCCCUUUCCACACCUAUCUUUUCCAUGGCCACACCUAACAUAGCUGGGGCACCGCCGUCAUUUUCUUCAGCUCUGCCCUCUGGGUUCCCAGCUGAUUUCUCAAUGGAUAACAACACAGAAUCCCUGGCACACAAAAUAGCACAGUACCAAGGUGUUCCUGCUGCUGCCCUGCCUCUGAUACAGCAACAAGCCUUACUACAGCAGCAGCUGCAGCUAAAUAACAUGAUACAAGCAGGGUAAGGGGUUGUUUACAAUUCUUAUUUGAUACAAAAAGGUCUCUCAACCAAACAUCAAUAUGCAUAUUCUCAUACAUUUCCUGAGGUGCUGACAAAGAGAAUAGGCCAUUUUACAAUUGUGUACUCAAUUGCCAAGCCUUUGAUGUAGAGUGAGGCUGAAGGUGACCUUGUUCAAGUUAGCAUGAUAACAAAGUAAUUUACAUUUGAAAAGCUGCAAGGUUUGUAUCAUAACAAGGUCACCCUUAUCCUCACUCCAGUACAAAGGCUUGGCAACCAAGCAUGCAACUGUAAAAUGGACCAUUUGUCGAACAAACAAGAGCUCUCCUAGUUACUGAUCAUUUCCUUUAUUCUCGUGACCCUUAUGUGUGAUCCACGAUUGAUAUUGCAAGGAGAAAUUAGAUGCUACAGUAUUUACUCUGAGGGUCAAAUAGUUAAAUUAAAUGGGAGAGUGGGGUGGGUUGAUAUCCUUAACCAAAAGGUUAGACAAGGCUUUAAAGAGGGCUUAUAUUGAGGAGGAGGCAUAAUUUGAAAGCAUGGUCCCAAAAAGUCUAAUCAGUUUGGAAGUUGAUUUUAUUGAACGAAAAGAUCCAAUACUAAAUUUAACUUUGUUUCCUAGGAAUUUACUGGGAAAUCGCCUUACUGUUCCUGGUCAAGGCAUGUCCGCUGUGAACAUCAAGGCUGAGCCCGCGGACAGGGAUACAGCGUCACCAAACUCGCGCUCGUCAAUAUCCCCCACCUCACCCUACCAGGUACAGAGGAGGAUAGCAGCCGGCAGAGAUGACCGUGACAUGGAUAAAGACCCCGGGUCCAAGCGCCCACGCCUGGAUCCAACUAUCUCUGCUGCUGCGAACGGCUGGGGGCGUUGAGAAAGCAGGAUGAAAAUUUUAUAUACAGGAAAUAGAUGAUUUUAGGUUUAUUUGUGUUUUCUUGGCAAAAAAGAAGUAAUAUUAAUAAUGUGAUGCAGGCAUCAUGUCUUUACCAAGGCUGUUAUCAAUAUUAUAUUUUGCUGGAAGCUUUUUUUUUCAAGCUUCCUUUUUACUAUUUUAUAAUCGAUUUGGUAAAAUAGGCAGGACCUGACCCUUAGAGAGCAUAGAAAAUUGUAAUUAUUUCCUGAGGGGGGAAAAAGUGAAGACGCGUGUGAAAAUAUUAGCCAGUGCAGAACAGCGUAUUGCCCAUGUUUGUCAUUUCAUGAGGCGUCGCCCCAUGACCUCUGCCCAAAAUAUUGAUAAAUUGCAUUCUUGAAAGUGCAACCUCAGCUGUCAUGAAGAUAAGCGAAGUUGCCUGUGUACCGUAGGACCUAGGACUUAGGACUUUUUCAGCUCGCCUUCAAUACUGCACUAGUUACUGAGUAAGAGAAAAAAGUAAAAUCAGGUGUAUCGUCAAAUAAGCUACGGAGUUUUUAUUAGAGAUGUAGUUGUACGAAGGCUUAAAACCCGACAUCAAAAUUGGUAUUUAUUGCAAGUACACCCUACAACUGAUUAAUUGAUAACAUUUGAGUAUUUUGCUGUACUUUAUGGUAUUCAUUUGGCUGUUUCGUUUCUGAUAAUUAUCGAAAGGUAUCAAAGCGAUUUUAUUAUUUUGUCGACAAUGUAGGAGUGUAAAAUGAGGAACCUCUUUUUUCUAGUGAAAGUGUCUUUCUAUAGCAGCCUUGGAUUAUAUGUACAUUUUUGUCAUUUGGUAUUACGAUUUUUUUCGUGUAAAUAUUACUAAAAAAACAUAUAUUCAAUAGAGUUAAUUCAUACUCCCCCCCCUCAAACCCUUGAGAAAAAUGUAAUAAUAGAUACAUGCAACUAGAACGGCGUGGCUUUACACAGCACGAAAAAGUUAAUGUAACGUUAAUUUUGACUACGAUGUAGUUUUGUAUUUUCAUUUAAACAAGUUGUUUGCCAAAGGCAGUUUUAUAAUGUAGUAACUAAAUUCGCUUUGCAGGGCCAAGGGCGCUUUUGAAACUGAUUUUGGUUAAGACAGUUUCCGGUUCUAUUGGCUGGAAAUCUAGAUAUUGUGGUAUAUUUUCACAUGUUUAAAGUAUGUGUGAGACAUAACCUGGGAUUUUUUUUAAGGAUAGAUUAUAGCGCCCUAUAUAUUAGCGAUUGAUAUAUUCUUAAGUGUGCAAUUAAGUAAAGUUAUAUUAGAGAUAAAUGAAACUCUGUAAGAGUGAAGUUAAUUGGUGGUGAAUAUUUGCUUAAUUUUUAAUUCCUGAAACUGGCGAGAAAAUUUAACUGGACUUAUCUUGCAUCUUAACUGUAAGGAAGCACUCGAAGCCAGAAAUUAAAUGGGAACGUCUGAUUGGUCAAGUUUUUUUUUUUUUUUUUUUGGCAAGUUGUACUUAAGCGCCUGUUGUUUCUGCAUUUGUGUGCUGUUUUGUUUUCUACUAUGACGCGACGGCAGACGUCAACAUUGAGACUUUUUACUGCUUUCAAUCUAGAGAUUUAAUUGUAGGGAGGUCAGUUCCUUGAAAUCUUGACCUCACUUUUCCUUUUCAGUAAAAUGCUUAGAUAGAGUGCUAUCGGAUAUGCAACUGUAGCUUUUAGAUUGAGAUGUAGUGAGGCUUCGCCAAAAUUCCUGAUAGAUCGUAGGAAGGGAAAAAACGGGUUUUCUUUUUAGAAAAAGAAAAACUACAUUAAGAAUCGCAUAGAAUAGUUAUAUUUGAAUUAGAGCACGAGUGAUUCCAAUCGGCUUUGUUAGAUAAAUCCAGUUUUUUACCCUCGUCAACCACCGAUAGAAAUCUGGAGGUCAUCCCUGGAACAUGAAGGGGGGUGAGUCUCUCAGGUGCGCAAAGUCGGGCGGGACCCUGGCGUUAGAUUUGUUUGCUUUUAGUUGCUUAUCAUUCACUCUAGGGAUUUGCGACAUUGCGCCGCAGCCAGUUUUGAAAUCAAUGUAUUCCGAAUUGUAAUUAAAAUGAAAAAAGGUCCAUGCAGUUAGAUGACCAUUUAAAAGUAAGAUAUAUAACGCUGAAGCGUGGUUGUGUUUCUUGAAAGAACAAAAUACUUAAAAUAAUAGACUUGUCAUGUACUUUAUAGCAACGAAUGUUGGUAAUGGAAAUUUUGUUUUCAUAAAGGUUAUCGUUUUACUUCUGCAUACAUUUACGCUCCAGAAAUAAACUAACAUAAGAGU